UGAGUCUAGAAAUUGGACGCUUCAGCCUUCACUCACCGCCCCUUCACCGCAGGCAGGCUGGCAGUGGAGUGGCGAUGCCAGGCCAUGGUCACAUUAUGGUGCGUUGACAAUGACAUUGCUCAGUGAAAGUCGAUAAGGUGUUGGCUUUAAAGCGGGCCUAGCACUAGAAGUGCCCAAGCAUUGAACAAGUUGCCCAAUGGCACGCCUUGUUUCGUUUCUGCUGGGCGUCCUGGCCAUUGCCAUUGGUACUGCCCUGUAUGCGCUUCCACCAAACACGUACAGCGCGGCUCGCUUCUUCUUCAGCCAAUUCUUCGAAAACAAUCAGUCGAGGGGGCAAAUCGACAGCAGGGAGCGUGCCUUGCUGGCUCACGUCAGGGCGACAGCUGGCAACAACCCCGAGUCCGUAUUGUUUGCAAUCGACGACUUUGCUCAGUCGCAAGCGUGGCUUAUGAACAUUGGAGACACCAAGGGCAAGGUAUUAGACGAGGUAGUUGAGAAGCACCGGCCGCUUUCAGUUCUCGAACUGGGGACAUAUCUUGGGUACUCAGCCAUCAGGAUCGCGUCCCGGUUGCCCCCGGGGGCCAAGCUAUACUCUAUUGACAUAACGGCAGCAAAUGUGGACAUUGCGAAACAGGUGAUUGCUCACGCGGGACUGAGCAACCGGAUUGAACACCUCGUGGGGACCCUAGAUGACGUUGUUGAGGACUUGAAGAACCGAUCACCAACUUUUGACAUGGUUUUCAUUGAUCAUCACAAAGCUGUCUACUUGAAAGAUCUAAAGACUCUUAUGCGGGAAAGUUUCUUAGCGAAGGGCGCUGUAGUUGUUGCUGACAAUGUUUUAGUACCUGGGGCGCCGGACUAUUUGGAAUAUGUCGAGGGCCCAGAGUUUGUCACCACUCGGUAUGAACAUACCCUUGAGUAUGUAGCUUAUGUUAAAGACAUGGUGACAGUGUCGGUGUAUCAAGGCUAAACCAUGCCAGCUUGUAGGUGCAAGCAUGUGAAAGCAUGUAAGUAAAACUCUAAAAUAGUAUAUGCUUUCGCAAGGAUAUGAGUCGAUUUGGUUCUACAUGAAAGUCAGGGCAACAUUGGCGAUAGUAUCGCAGCUUAAGAUGAAUGAGACACCAUGGAGCAAUUGUCGAUCUGAGACAGGAACGCUGUUGCGGCUGCCAACUGCAGUGUCAUUGACAGGAGGACAACAACGUUCUAGCCUAGUAGAGCUCUGAGCGUGCACAGGUUUUAAACAUACCCGACCAGGGUUUCUUUAGACUUGCGAGCUAGUCCAACAGGUGAUUGGUUGGGUUAGUCGGGAUGCACAUAUCCACAUACUGAAGCUACUCGACUCGAUCACUCAAGUUUAUUAAAACCAAAGCUGGCUCACGC